CGUAGGGCUGUGCGUGUGAUGCCCACAUUACCCAGAAAAUCAGCACGGCGCAUCUCGUCUCUGCAAGUCUAGCGAGCUGGGGAGAAUAUCGUCGAGAAACCAAUGUGCGAAGCUGCUAACUAGUAUAUUUCACCAUGCGGACGGGGUGCUAGAGCUUAGGAACGCUGUCAGCUGUUCUACUGAACAUCAUUUAGGGUGCGAGGAAGAUAUUCCCGGCUCACCGGCUCCGCUUCGACCACUCAGGUGCAUAAAACAGCUGACAAAGGAUGGAAUUCAAGCAGCUGGUUGACACAGCCGAGAAAUGGUGCUCCGGCAACCCAUUUGAUCUCAUCUUCGCGGAGGAGAUAGACGAGAGACGGUUGGAUUUCUAUGCAGAACCGGGGAUCUCGUUCUACGUCCUGUGCCCAGAUAACAUGAAUGGCGGUACAGACAAUUUUCACGUGUGGAGCGAGAGUGAGGACUGCCUGCCAUUCCUGCAGCUGGCCCAAGACUACAUCUCCUCCUGUGGGAAGAAAACUCUGUUGGAGAUUCUGGACAAGGUCUUCAGAUCCUUCAGGCCUCUCCUCGGUCUUCCUGACAUUGAUGACGACACCUUCGAGGAGUACCACGCGGACGUGGAGGAGGAGCCUGAGGCCGACCACCAGCAGAUGGGCGUCAGCCAACAGUAACGCCUUCCAGCAGGGGUCGAGGGAGGCAGAGAGAACCUCCACUGCCCUACUCCUAUACUCCUGUACACACACAUAAACACACACACAGACACACACAUAAACACACACGCACACACACACACACAGGACAGCCAGCUGAACUGCACCACGUUACCCUACCCUUUAACUGCUCGACAGCUAAGCUUUCCAAAGUAGUACACUCUCAAUAGGCUUCUUAAUACCACUGCCCAUCUUCCCGACAAACAGAGAAAAAAACAGGGUGGUUGCUGGGAUAUUGUCAGAUGAACAGUUCAUGUAAUUAAGUCCCACCUCCACACAUGUACAGUAUCAACACACAUCUCCCGCUAUAGACCAGUUUCUUAUUUUAGCUGAAAUAGUUUUUUCAAAAGGUUGAAUGCGGUGAUGUGACUGCAGCAGCUGAUCAGCACUCACCGUGAAAUUGCGUCAUUGGUUGGUUUGCUGUUUGUUUUGUGUUCAGGAGCGGGCAAUGAAACAACACCAAUAGGAAAGAACAGUAGCAAUGAUAGGACUGAUCAACGUGCGUCACAGGCAGCAAAGUCCCAACAUGUCAUAAUGAAAUGUUAUCACAACUGAACCUGUGUACUGGGGAUGUGUUGGAGAUGUUUCUGUCCAUUAAAAAGGGUUUUUUGUGUGUUAGGGAUGAAAUGAAUGCAUAUGUGUAUGUGCUUGUGGGUUUAAGACACAUGCAUGGCAAUAAAUCCCUUUGAUCGUUGAAGUGAAUCAAAACAACAUGCUUAAUUUAAUCUCACGGGGGAAGUCAUUUCAUCAGAUUGCAGUGUUGCACAUGAUAAUUGAAGUGUACUAUUUAUUUUAAACGAACGGCUCUUUUGAAGAAAUUUCUUCAGUCUUGAAGAUUCAGAGAACACUUAAAAGUUAAUUGCUCGCAAUUAUCAUUAAUUACAGGGACAGCAUAUAAUGGUGUGUGAUGGUAGCACCUCUGCCUCCAAGCUAGCCUAGCUUCACAGCCCCCGCAACACCUUCUGUGAUGUUUCAGAAAUAACAAUAGUAGCGAUUUCUGCAUCUUUCAUCAAUAAAGGAUAUCAGAGCGUUCAUUGGAGAGGGGAUAAUUUGUCUCAUUCACCGUCAUGAUGAGGAACCUUCUUGGGUGAGGUUUGGCAGCCAUUUUGUGCUAGAAGUCUCAGCACCUCACUUGCUGCGAAGAAGCCAGUAUUUAAUUAGACACUUGGAAUACUGUAGUGUGGUGUGAAUGGGUCAAACGUGGGAAGAACGUGUGUUAAAUAUAUCGUGUCAACCCCAGGUUUUGUGUGUGAAAGGGGUUUUAGAUUAGGAGAGUUGGAGAAGAGAGGCCAAAAUGAGAAAGGCAGAAAAAAAGUUUUUCAGGUGGUUAUCAAUUGGUUAAGAAGCUGUACUUUUACCUCAAAUGUUGCUGGUCUGCUGUUGUACCAUUGGGAAAGGAAAUAUGACUUUCAUAGCUUCAGUAUAUAUUCAGCAGUGAGUUGCCCUGAUUAGAGGCAACUGCUGAGCAAAGAGAUUGGAUCACAAUGUUGAGCAACUCUUCUAUUCACAAAAGGGAACUUUUUCAGCCUCCCUAUGUGGGGACCGCAAUUGAUGAAGUUUAUGAAAUUUAGGAAGAGGAGCACCCUACAUUUUAUUUUUUAUUUUUUAUUUAAUUUAUUAAAUUAAUUUAUUCUCAAAUUUGGAAUUAGCAGUUGUACAAUGCACUCCUGUACAAGGAUAACUGCAACUCAGCUGUCUGCAACUGCAACUCUGCAUUCCUAUGACACUUUCCACACUGCAAUCCAGAGUGUAUGACAGGAGAGAGCUAGCACUGAUGACAACUGGAAACCCUUUAUGCACCUCUACACUAGCUGUGCAGCAGUGAUCUGGGGAACACUUAAACCGAGUGUGUGCUGGUGGGAUGAAGCUAACUGUGUCCUGCUGUUUUGGACUCCAUGCUCAUGAUGUAGCCCAGACUGUCUCAGCCUAACUUUGUGUAUUACUCUAGUUGAUCUCCUCACACUGACGUGCUAAGAAAAGGCUUAGAAUGCAAGGACCUUUGCUGUAAUCUCUUACUGAAUAAGAGACACUUCCGUGAGAGUAGAGCUGCUGUAGAUGGUACUCUACUCCUCAGUCAGGAUCAUUAUUCCCUUUGGGGAAGCACUGGAGUGGUAGAACAAAGGGAGACGGAUGCUCUUGAUACAGUAAAAAGUAGUGUGUGAUUGUGAUUUUUUGAACUAGAGAGGGCUGUGUGAUCAAACUGAGUGAAUGUAUGUGAUUUCUGAAGUUGUCAAGGAAAUCCCCAGAUGCGCUAUGUCAACUGGUAUGGGAACUGGCAUUAGUGCAGGAAAUUUGUCACAUUAGCAUUUUUAUGCAUUUCAGGGUAGAUGUAUAACACACCUUGACAGUCUUUAAUGGUCUUCCCAUGGAGUCUGUGCAAAACAAAAAGAUGCAACAGUGGGCUGAAGUAAUGAAGUUUAAAACUGGUUUUCAGUGGCAUUGGUACACAUUUGUCCCAAUUGGCUCAGGGCUGAAAAGUGUUCAGAAUUCUUUGUGUGGAGUAACUGAACAGAACGAAUGUCAUUGUUGUCUUGUUCAGUUCUAGGAAUUCAUGAAUUUGGGUGAUGUGUAAUUGCAUUUUACAGUGGUGCGUUGUUGUGUGAAUGUGAACAGAUUUCCCAUGGCUUUUGACAAGGAAAUUCGGACUGUAGGUUUUGUUCAACAAGAGUCGUGUAACAAAUUCAAAAGGUUAAAAACAGGGUGGUGUAUGGAGAAUAUUACAGUGAGUGCUAUAUCCAUACUGCAGAUGAAAUAAAUAAACCUGAUGGCAACGAUUGCAGGUGACUUCUGAUAAUAGCCCUGACAUUGUUCCACUAUGCUCCUUAUUAAAUUACCACAAUGUAUUGGCAAACACCUUUAUCAAAGGUGACUUACAUUGCUCAUUUUACACAUUAUUCAUGUGAUUCAUACAGGCAAUUCAGUAGCUUGCUGAAAUAAAAAUGGCUCCACCCUCAGCUGGGAUUUGCUACCCAAGCAGCCGGUAAUGCCCUGAGACCAUCUGGCUCAUCUUCACUGCUAGCCAGGGCAAGGCCUGCCUUUAACAUUGUUGGUACAAGCCUGUUUUCACAAAUUACUGUGAAAACAGGCUCCUUCAUCUUAGCAUUUUAGCAUCCUGUCUGUACUGUAAUUGGUGUAUUACAGCCCAGCUAUAGGACAAUACACAGUUUAAUAUGCUUUAAUAUGAAAUGUGGGAGGCAUGAGUUGUUUGAUACAAGAUUUUGUUGUCUUGUAGGAGUUUAUGUACCCAUUGUUCUCCUGGUCCCUUUAUCUUGGUUACAGCUAGCUUGCCAUAGUCUUUGUCGUAAAAUCAAUGACCAUCAACCUGUAACCAUUGUAAAUCACAUACCAUAAAAAAAUACCAUACCAAAAAUCGGCAACCAUAAGCCAGUGACCGUCAAAAAGCAACCAUUCAACUGAAUACCCUUCUUGUUCGAUGCUCUUCUGACAAUAACCAACACCGCACAACUUCGUCUUCAUACCAGACAUACCCAAAACAUUUCUGUAACAUUGUAGCAGCAUUAUGCAGCACCACUGUGAGAGCUUUACAUGUUAACUGGAGUCCAGCCUUAAUCAGACCAACAUAAAUAAUUAUUUGCUGAAAGGCAUCAGUCAUAUCUUCCUGACCCACUCUACACACGGGAGUAUAUCUCAAAGCAGGGCAACACUGUGGACCCAGAUGCAACACAUGGCCCAAUAAAGUAUUGUAGACCAUGACAUAAAUAUUGACCCUGUGUCAGUCUACGCAUUUUAGUUGUGCAGUCUUGAUAUAAUGGUAUAACAUUGUGGUAAUGACACAGCAAUCUUGUGAGAAAACUCUGCGAUAGACAGCACCUCACUGACAACCUCUGUGGAUGUUGUUCGAUCCUCCUGAACUACCAUGUUCUUAAAGUAUCUGUUUAGCAUUGGAUUCCCUUUGAUGCAGAUUGGCUUCCUGUUAAUGCCGGUGUACUGUAAACGUUAAAAAAAGGUUCAUAUCAAUUGAAGUCUAUUGUGAGAUUUGUCAAAGCUGCUGUCUUUUGUUUCUACUUCUUUAUGUCUCAGUUUCAUUCCAGUGAAAAGCUGCUAUCUUUCAUUUUUAAUUUAUUGCAUUUUCGUUUCAGUGUAAUCUCAUGCCCUUGCGGUAGUUCUUUUUCAUGAGUUUUUAAUGAGCUUGUGUUAUAUUUUGUAUUUUUCUUUUGCUUCUGAAAUGUAUGUUUUUAUUGUUUUUUUUUUCCCCUGUGUGUUUUAUGUUUUAUAUUCCAAUGUGUGUAAAAUUCUGAUUUAAAAUAUAUGUUGAAAUGAUGUUAAAUCUUUCUGCUUUUUGUUUGGAGAAUCAGCUGUUUGCUACUUGACAGACAAAACUGCAGUUGGUGUGACAAGAAAAUGUCAACCUAACCACUAAUGUGUCAUUGCCAACCUUGCAGACUGGUUUUGUUUAUGUUUUGUUUUAGGGGAAUCACAGCACUCUUAAAAUGGCCACUGCCCUCAUUCAGGUCUCCAUGCCAACCUGCUGACACAGAUAGUCACACACAGACACACUCUUGGUUGUCCAUCGAAUCCAAAGAUGACGUCCACUUCUGUCUUUUACACAGACACACACAGACAGACAGACACACACACACACACACACACACACAGAGUAAAUAACACCAUUGUUUGGGAUUUGCCCAGAAUCAGCAUCCCACAAAUUCUGAAAGAAUAUCAUGGGAUCAGCCGUGGGGAGAACUGAUUGUGACACACACAGGUGCCGUGGGAAAUAUCCUCAAAUUAUUCUUAAUAUAAAUCAACAGCACAUGCUGCAUGUCAUUGUGCAUUUAGCAUGACCAAAUAUGCUACAGAUACUUAAAGCAUAGGUUUUUAAUGAUUUCAUUUAGUUUUUAUUUUAUUAUGUAAUUGUUGUACCAAAAUAAGAUGGCUUGAUGUUGAAGACUGGUUCAUUCAAGUCCUUAUUUUAGGCACCAGAGGGCAGUAUUGGUAUUUUCACUCUGAAAAUAAUCCAGGGUGAUUUUAUAUUAAUUUUAGAAUUGGCUUUAUUCAGGAUCAUUUGGGUGAUCUUUUUUAAAAAUAAAAAUGGUGAAAUACUCAGAAUUGGAUGGAGUUAAAGGGUAAAGGCUACUUCCAAUACACAAGUAAUAAGAAAUAUUUGUAUUGAUACUUCGGUGCAAGGUGCAUGAAGAAUGUUGCUUCUCUGCAAGAAUACGGUGUGCCGCAAAACACCUGUGUGCCCCGUUUGUUAUCUGAGCUGCAUAGGAAGUGACAGCUGCCGCCCUCCCCCAUACACAGUCAAAAUUGUGGUUUACUGAAAAAAGCAACCAAACGUCUUGCUUUUCAUUCACAGGUUGGUGUUCUUAACCACUUCCUGUUUUUAUGAUCUCCACCUUAACCUCCACCAUCCCUCCACCUCAACAGAUAUUAUAAUCUACCGAGGCCCAGAGAGAAGUUUUUCUGCCUGAAAGCUGCUCGUUGUGCCAAAGUCAAUGAAGGAAGUUUUCUGCUAUUGGUGGAGUUCUGUGUCUGUCAAUUGAGGGAUUUCCUCACGCUGUGCAGAAGAACACACCUCUGAUGGCAUGUGAAAAUUAUCAAAAAGGACAGUACCUGAUGUGGCAUCCGCCAUUAAAGGGCUCCAAUUGCCCAUCACAAUUUAUUUACAUGUUUAUUUGAUGGGGACAAACUCAGCUUUGUGUUGAUAUGAUAUGAAAUAUAUUUAUUGGAUGCAUUGUAUCAUUUAGUUUAAUUCAUGUUCAGUUUCUGUUUCCAGGCUCCAUUUUUCUUUAUAAAAUUGAAAGUAAAUUGGGAAUUCAGGUUUGGACAGGCCUGUAAUAUGAAGUAUAUGCUAAGAUAUAUUAAUCAUAUACUCUUUAUUUUGUACUUUAUUUUUUGGCAUUUAUUAUGUUUCAGUUAGAGAACACAUCCAAUUCAGCCUCAUCAUCCAAUGAUAUUUAACUCAUUGCGGUUACUUUUUCAGUGUGGUUGUGAGGAAGCAGGCCAUCUUGUUAUUUCAAUAGACAUAAUUUUGACUACUAAUAAACAUAAAGCAUACUAAUAUGUUCUAUGCCACAUUAUUGUUAGUUAAAUAACCAUAAGUGACACGUUUUUUAAAACAUGUUUAUAAGAAAUAUUGGAAUAAGAAUAACCACAAAUAAUACUUUAAACACAAAAACUAAUGUGAAGAGUAGUCGCAUGAAAGUAAUUUUAAUGGUGACUGUUAAUUAUAGAAAUUAUUUCUCCAAAUUUUGAAUAGCCAAUCAUAUUUGUAGGCCUGCUGUUGCACUCACAUCUGCCAUGCUAGGUUUCCUCAGAAGGUAAUGUGGACAGACUGCAGGCCAUCUGUUAACCAGAGAAGUUCCUUUUGUAUGAUCAGGUAAGAGAAACCCCAUUGGUCUAAAAACCCUCCCUCUCUAACUGACACUAUAGCCAACUGUGCAUGACCCCAUGGAGCUGCCACGUUCAGGGUGUGAUUCUGGACUGCUGGGCAAGUCAUUGAACUGAAGUACCUAUGCUGAUGAAGGGGUUUUAUAGCAAUGUCACUACCUACAAAAUAUUUCCCUGAAACAAAGAUCAUUCCUGGUGUCUGUCUUUUCAGUAGCAGUAAAUUCUUGAAUUCAUUUAGCAAAACAUACAGGGAUAAUAAACAAUGCUACAUUGUAUUCUGAAUAUUCA